UGUGUGGCAAAAUAGUAAAUCAUGACUUAUUGCCAAAUAAAAACAAGUAAUCAUAUGGAAUGGAAUGGAUGGAACACUGCACUGAUCUGAAUACAAGCAAGCAGGAUCAGUGAAAACCGGUACCACCAACCUUACCUAUCACCAACCCGGCCCUACUCGGUUCCGGGUACGGUAUACGGUCCCAUUUUGCAUGCAAAUUGCCUAUUUGAUAGAAGAAGUCAAGCAGCUUUCCGCCACGUCGCUUUAGCUUUUCAUGAAUUAAUUGUAAAAGUUCUGGGCAAGAUGGUUUCUGUAAUCAGUACUGUGGAUACAGCUCAUGAAGAUAUGAUUCAUGAUGCUCAGAUGGACUACUAUGGUAUUAGACUUGCAACAUGUUCUUCAGACAGAUCUGUUAAGAUCUUUGAUGUAAAGGGUGGACAACAGACACUGGUUGCUAAUUUGAGAGGUCAUGAAGGGCCUGUUUGGCAGGUGGCUUGGGCCCAUCCAAUGUAUGGAAAUAUCCUGGCUUCCUGCUCCUAUGAUCGGAAAGUGAUUAUUUGGAAGGAGACUAAUGGUGCUUGGGAUAAACUAUUUGAAUACAGCAACCAUGAAUCAUCAGUAAAUUCUGUCCAAUGGGCACCGAGUGAGUUUGGUCUAGUCUUAGCUGCAGCUUCAUCUGAUGGAUCUGUUUCAGUCCUUACACAUAAUGAUGGUAAAUGGGAUUCACAGAAGAUCAAGGAUGCUCAUGCUAUUGGUUGUAAUUCAGUGAGUUGGGCUCCAGCUGUAGAACCAGGCUCUCUGAUUGAACCUCCAUCUGGUCAGAAACCAAACCUAGUCAGGCGAUUUGUCACAGGAGGAUGUGAUAAUCUUGUCAAAGUCUGGAAGGAGGAGAAUGGAGAAUGGAAGGAUGAGCAUGUACUUGAAGCACAUAGUGACUGGGUAAGAGACGUUGCAUGGGCGCCCUCUAUAGGUCUUCCUCAUAGUGUCAUAGCAAGCUGCUCACAGGAUUGUAGGGUUAUCAUCUGGACCAAUGAUGAAGGUACCGGUAGUACAUGGACUCCUAAGAUUCUGAAUAAAUUCAGCGAUGUUGUUUGGCAUGUAAGCUGGUCAGUGACUGGUAAUAUCUUGGCUGUAUCAGGAGGAGAUAAUAAGGUGAGCUUAUGGAAGGAAUCAUUAGAAGGUCAAUGGGUGUGUGUUAGUGAUGUCAAUAAAGGAGAAGGUCAAACAACACAACCAAUCACAGCUACAGAACCACAACCUGAACAAUGAUUAUAUUAUGCAGAUAAUAUACUGUAUUAGCCACUAUGUUCCUAUCAAUCCUAAUUUCAUGAAGAGUGCAUCUGUAGUUUAAGACAAAUCAAAUCAGAAAUUAUACAACAUCGUAAAUGAGAACAUUAAAUACAUGUGUUGCCAUAGAAAAUGUUGUAUUAAGUCUAAAUUUAUGUAUCUCUGUCAGAUGCAGUGUGGUGUAUUCCUGAAAAUAGUGGCUUAUACAGUAUUCCUUGAGAAUAAGAAGAUGCUCUGUAUGUUUAAAAUAGUACAUAUUGAACAUUACAUUUGGUUUGAUGUUCAAUGGUGCCAUCAUGAAAUAUAUUAUAAUGUAAAUUAGUGGGAAUUUUAUUGUUCAGUUAAUUUCUUUGUUGACCCUCAAUUUCAUACAGAUUGUGUAACUUAGGCCCAGUUAGAAAAAAAAGGAAAUAAUGGUUCUUUUUAAAGAAUAAACAUAAAUUGGUGUGAAAGUAUCAUAUGUGAUACAAAUUAUUUAAGCAAUGGUCUUUAUUUGUCAAAAUCCCCAAAACUCUUAACCCAAGUGGUGGGAUUUCAAGAUAUCAGAAGGUCAUUUACAUAGGCCUUGAUCAAAAGCAAAUUGUUCCAUGGCUCAAUAUAAUUCCUAAGAGCAAUAUUGGUUUUAUCGACUGAUUCACUUAGGCACUUGAUAUCAUUAUAAGCAUUAGAUUAGCUAUUAAAGCUGAGUGGGAUAUUAAUUACUUCCAACGAGUCACAAACAGCCAUUACAUCUUAAGACUAGGUAAAUGCCCAUUCCCAGUUGGCUCUUAGUGAGUUGUGAGAGCUAGACAUAGGAGGAGAGUUUGAAUUUAAUACAGUGUCAUUAUGCAGUCAACUGAUAAUACCAGCUCUGUCCUGACUUAUGGUUGUGGAAACUUCAGUCUAUUAUACAAAAUUCCAGAUGAUUUUCUUCAUAUUCAGGCAAUAAAUUAGAAAGUCAAAUAUCUAAAAUAGGUGAUGAAAGUAUUGAUUUGGAAGACCAAAAUUGAUUGUUGGGUCCAAGUACUUUUUUAUGAACAUUCAUAUACUCUGAUGGAAUUGACCCCAACCUCAAAGCAAUUUAGUGAAACCUUGAGUGGGGAUUUAAUGUUGAGCCAGAAAUUGCUGUAAGGAAUAUCAUUUAGCAAAUCAACCCCCUAAAGGCAUGCUCAUCCGCUUUCACUAUCUUUGUUAUUAUUCUAAACCUUGAGCUUACUUGAAAAUGCUUUCAUCGAUUUAGCUGAACUUGUACAAAGCCAAGUUGAACGAUUGUUUUGUUCUAUUAUUUCAUCAAGCUACAUUUAGUUGUGGUUUUACACCCCCACAGAUGAUUUUGAUUUAUUUACAAAAUUUUAUUUUUUGAGAAAAAAAGGGGUUUGAAUUUUGCUGAACUUCCUUUUUGCAUUCAUAACUUAAUAGAUCAGAGAUAAAAGACCAUUAAUCAGUGUACUAUGUACAAUGAAUUAGUGCUGCCUUCCCCCUUUUUACCUUAUCUAUAAUAUUCGUUACUCUCCAUUUUGUCUCGUUUUGUUAUUUUUUUCUCUGUAUUGUGCAUUAAAUUAAUACAUACAUGUAGGAAUUUCACUCUUAUUGAUGUUCUGAAACCAAUAUUUGUUAUUCUGUGAUGUUCUUACUAUUGAAUUUAUUUCAUUUUAUGAUAGCCAGCUGUGAAAUAAUGAGGGAGAUUUAGUUUUUUAGUUAGAUGUACAUGUACUCCCCACUUCCCACCCUGUAAUAAUGGAAAUAGACUUGGACACAAAACUCUGAUAUAACACAUUCUGAUUUGAUGAUAGAUAUUUCAAUUCACAAGGAUGUUUAGUUAUUGAAUGUUAUUGAUGGCCAUCAAAACUUUGGUGUUAUUCAAUUGUAUAUAAUGUGAUAUUAGAGAAUAGUAUGGUGUUAUUCAUACUUAUCUUUGAUUACAAGUCUACAGCUUCUACAUAUAUGAAAUGGCUAAAGUAUGUUUUGUAAAUAAGCAUGCUUGUGCCAACCUAAGUAAAUGAAGAAAUCUUUCUUCAUAUUUAUCCUUUGUUAUAACUAGAGGAAAGUAUGUUUUCUGAUAUGCCUGGUGCUCCUUUCCAGCUUACAUUCCAUAAUAAAAAAUUAAUAUAAUUUGAUUUAGAGUCCCUUUAAUUUAACUUAUCAAUGGCAAGCUUUCAAUUUUUCCACUUUUCUGUCCCAUUGUUUUCUUUAGAGUAUAGGAUGUGCUUACUCCUCCUGCCUUUAUAGAUCUACAAUUAUUUUCAGUUUCUGUUAUUUUAUGACAUGUUUUAUAGGAGCAUUAUACGUGUAUGUCAAGUAUGUAUGUCUUAUUGGUUGCCAUUUCCCUUUUGUUUUAUUUUUUAUUUGUUCUUUUCUAGAGAUCAUUAUUACAUGCAUGGAUAAUAAAUGCUUACUUGUAAAUAUAA